AAGUCAGAUUCUAAAUAAUAUUUAAUAAUCAUGAAUGAAAUGUAAUUUUCAAUAAAGUAUUAUUUAAGUGUUUGGUUAUUGGUGUCUUCAAAGAAAUAAAACAGCUAAGAUUCAAGUCUGAAAUGUUUUUAAAUCGACAAAUAAGCCAUGCAAUAUUCUAGAUUAAAGUUAUUCUAUUUACCUAGAAGAAAUAGUUUAAAAAGAAGAAAUAAUUUUAAAUGUAUAUUUUCUAUAUGUAAUUAUUGGUCUCAGUAAAUAUUCAUUAUUAUUGAUUAUCUAGAAGUCUUAUUAUCGCUCAAAUUUGGGAUUUGAUGUUAUAAUAUUUUGAAUAUGGCAGAGAAGUCACUGGAAGAUAGAUUAUAUGACUCAAUACUUAAAAAUGACCAAGAUUCUGUGCUUCAGCUUGUCCUACAAGAUAUAAAUUUUCAGGUGCCAACCUAAACAAGAUAACUAGUCAUGGAAAAACAUCUCUAGGAGAAGCAGCUAACAUUGGAAAUUUAGAAAUUUUCGAAGUACUAAUUGACUAUUUUAAAUCUACAUGCACUCCAAAAAAGUUGUCUCCUAAUAGUGCUUCUAAGAAAAGGCAUUCAAAGACACAAAAAAGAAAAAUGCGUGGAAAUUGCCCCAAUGAAGAUACAGUUAUAAAAUGUAAAAACACUUGUGAUAGAAAAAUAAGGUCUAGUCCACUUAAUGAAUCUGAUUCCUUUCAAGAUUCUCUUAAGUCUGAUAAAAAUCAAGGGUACUUUGUAUUUAUUCAUAGCGAUGGAUCAAGUAGUGAUGAAAGUAAACUAAGCUUGAAAACUCCUGUAAGCCCUACAUCUGCUGUAUCCACACCACAGUUGGACCUGGAAUGGGAUGAAGAGACAAUAAAUGUUGCUCCUACGACAAAAGAAGAUGAAACAUGGUCAUCAAUGUAUCAAUGGUAUGCUGCAAUACUUGAAUGUACCGGUGCUGCUAUAGCAUCAGCUUCUGUGGUGUCUAAUGGAAUUGACCAACAGGAUGCUUUUAUGAGAACUGCCUUGCACUAUGCAGUUGAACAGGGCCACUCUGAAAUUGUAAGGCAUCUAUUAGAUGCUGGUUGUAAAGUAGACCUCCCAGCUGGGGAUGGCUUAACAUCUUUGCACAUAGCCAGUAUGAGAAACCAUAUAGAAAUAGUACUGCAAUUGUUAGCGGCUGGCGGCAAUGUCAACUACAAAACCUAUGAGAAGAUGACACCAUUGCAUUUCGCCGUAUCAAGGGGUUAUUUGAAAUUGGUGAAAGUUCUGGUUAGUAAUGGAGCUUAUUUGGAGGCUCGAGACACAAAUGAACGCACAGCCUUAUACUUGGCAGCAGGGAGGGGUCAUUUGGAUGUUGUUAAGUACCUGAUAUCAGUUGGUGCCAAUGUGAACGGUGAAGAAAUCAAUGGUUAUACUCCUCUAUGCGAAGCCGUUUGGCAGAGGUAUUCGAAAGUUGUUGAGCUUUUGUUAAGUUCCGGUGCUCGCAUAACAUAUUCGCACAAACUUUUGCAUAACGCUAUUAUACAGCGAGAGGAAAAAAUUGUAAGAAUGUUAGCUAAUGUGAGAGGAGGUAUUAAUUUGCAUAAUGAUAAUGGAGACACACCUCUUCUUUUAUCAACUCGACUAUCCCAACCAGCCGUCGCUAGGAUACUACUGCAAAAAGGUGCAAAUGUGAACGUCUGUAACAGCAUAACAGGGGCGAGUGCGUUACAUAUCGCCGUAGAAAGCGUCGAGUCUCCCAAGAAUUUCGAGGAAUUGCUGUUAUGUUUCCUCGACUAUAAAAUUGAUGUAAACGCCACGGCGUUGACUGGCGACACUGCGCUUAAUAGAGCGUUACUUUUGCAAAAAGAUCAUGCUGCGAUUCUAUUAAUUCGUCAUGGCGUGGACGUUAACGCUUGCGAUCUUCAUUCUUGUGGUUUAGACAAUCUAACAAUAGCAAGCAAUCGUCGAUCCAAUAAACUCGCUAAUAUGCUCCUAAAAGCCGGUCAUCAAACACAUAUUUACAGCAAAAAUGCUCCAACACCAAAAACAGGAACAACCUCAGAUUGGUUGCACCAAGUGUGUAAGCAACCUAAUCUGCUGUUAGAUUUAUGCAGAAUUAAAAUACGCCAAUUGUGUAAAAAUAGACCCUUGUAUUCUUAUGUUAGUUCUUUACCAUUACCAAAGAGAUUAAAAAUAUUUCUUAUGAUGGAAAGUGAAAGUUUAGAAGAUACAUAGAAGCUAGUCCAAGAGUAGUUUAGUUAACACAAAUAGAAAAAAGAACUUAAACUCUUAUAAACAGCUGAGGGAUACAUUCAUUAGUUAAUAAAUCCCAAACAUGAUUUUGGUUAAAUAGCUAUUUCACAGGGUUCUUACGUUAACAAGAGAGAGAGUUGUGAUUAUUUAUUAUCCACUUUUAUUUACUGGCACAAUAUGAUAAAAAAAAAACAGUUUUGAUUUAGAUUUUCCAAUGCCACAUUUCUAUUAGAGUCUAAAGUGAGAACUGAUGAAAUUAUCUUUUAGUAUUUUUAUGGUAGGUCCUAAUAUGUUGUUAUUUAAAAUUUUAUUAAGAAACUUUAUUAUACCAAAUAUUAAAUGUUUGUACUCAAAAUAGUCUUUUGUAGUUGUGAUAUGUAUAUUUCCACACGUUAUUUAUAUAAACAAAAAAUAUGUAUGAAACAUAUUUAGUCAAUAAUAUCUAAACAAAAAUAUAAAUUAGUGAAACAGUAGGGAAAUAAAAGAAUACUAUGACAUUAAAUAUUUUUUAAUAAAUGUUUAAAUACUGUACCUAAAUUAGUACAAAGUUGUACAUUAGUGAAAAAUAUAAAACAUUUUUAUGGAAACUACAAUUAGUGAUACAAAAACCUAUUUACUAGUCAAAAUUUAUUAAUAAAAUAAAUGUUUAGUUGAUCUUCCACUACAUAAAAUUUAAUCUCACACUUAAGUAAUAGGUAGAAGUAAGGUAUUAUAAAACAGGAUCAUGUAAAAUAUUUUUGUUAAUUUAAUGUAUAUAUUAAUUUAAAUACAUCUAAAACUAAUUAUGUUCUUCAUAACAAUGUAUAAGACUUCUAAGAAGCCUGUUUCUUAUAUGAGAAGCAACUAUAAAAGCAGAACAGUGUGCAGAACAUUUAGAUGUUAAAUAUAGUGAAUACAUAACAAAUACUUUCUUCAUAUGGAAGUCUUCAGAAUACAGAAUAAAAAUAAUGUCUAUAGAUCGUUAAACCUCACUAAGUAUCUAUUGUAGUACAGGGUUUACUUAACACGCUAAUAACCAUUAUAUAUUAUAUUUCAUUAUUUAUAAAUGUAUUUAGUUGUUCAAAAUAACUACUUGUAUAGUGAUUUAAUUAUAAGUUGUUUAGAAUAAAUUAUAAAAUUGUAUACAUUGAAGAUAUAGAAAGUGAGUUAUAUGAAAUAUUAAAUUUAAUAAACAAAAUAUACAUUUAAUUAUGUUAAAUUGCCAAAUUACCUCUAUUAUCCUUAAUAUCUUUUAGUUUAGGACAAGCUUCAAGCAAGGUGCUAAUGAGAUCAACUUGUUUAUUUUCAGUGACUCUGUGGAGCACUGUUUUACCGUCUGAAUCCUGUAGAUCAAUCUGUGCUCCAUUAUUUAUAAGAAACAUGAUUAUAUUUUUCUUGCCUGUAAGAGAA